AUGUACCCUUCUGUGCCUUCUCCCGAGGCGUCUGUAGAACUUAUCAACGCCUACUGCAAUGAAAGACACGAGGGCAAGCUCGUGUGUUCUAUUGAACCGGUCAAGGGCCGCACGCUGCGUGCGACGAGGUCGUUCAAGGUUGGCGAGCUCAUCCUCGAAGAGCCGCCGCUGCAUGCAGUUCGCCUUGACCCAGAAAACUCUGCCUGUAAAAAGCUGACUGAGCUAUGUGAAAAACGAUCGUUCACCCAUCCAGCAAUCUGGUACUGGUGCGCACUGAAUUCAGUUUUAGUUGAAGGUGACCCUUCGGUUGACGGCCUCCAGACUAUAACGCGGCGUCAAUGGGACCUCCUCCGCAUUCUCUUUAUUCCAGAAGCGGUGCAGCCAAGCUCAGAAGCCAUCGCUCUUGUCGAUUACAUGGGUCUCCGUGGAAUAGUCAAAGAUAUAGACAUGGAGAUAAUGAUUCAAGUGUGGCUGCAUAACUGCUUUGAGCAUCACCAGUCCCCUGAAGGAUACGCCAUUUAUUUUAUGCCUUCUUUUUGUUCGCACUCAUGCAUUGCGAAUGCUCUAUGGUGCACGGAUAACGACUCAAACUUUCGAUUUUUUCCCCGAGCCGAAAUUCGGGCUGGAGAUGAAGUGACGUUGACUUAUUUGUCAGAGGAUGACAUGUUACGCAACACCUCAUACCGUCGUCAACUGCUUGAGGGGGCAAAGGACUUCAAGUGCAUGUGCGAGAGAUGCGUUGCGCCGGUCGACUUCUCACGAGGUUUUCGCUGCCCUAGCUGCCUGGUGGGCGUCAUUUAUGUCCACGCCGACGAAACGGGCUGCGAGAAGGACUUUGGCGGGGCUCUUCUGGAGCUUCAGGAGGAGGAUAAGCCAAUGCUUGAGGAAGCAGAAUCGACUUCGGCCGCCGAAACUACUUCAGACUCUCCCAUACCAGACGAGAGGGGAGCCGACACGUGGCGGCAGUCUCUGGCGCCGCAGAAGCUCCACUCUGAAGCACGAAGCGGCCCCUCAAAACUGUUGCCAGAAAACCAGGGCCAAGAAGGCUCGUGUAGCAUCACACCGUACACAAUAUGGGCUCGCUUGCUUACCGAGCUGCCGGAGGAUAAGUUGUGUGUCCGUGUGGAAUCUUCGACUAGUGAACUUGCUUGCGCUAUUUCUGGAUCAGCAGUACAUCAGAGCAAUUUUAAGCAAUCUCUGAGCUCCGUGGUAUCUUCUGAAACUCCCGCUUUAAGUAAGGUUAUUUCGGGUCUCCGUUUUGGAAAAACAAGCGCGCUGGUUUCACCGGAAGCAGUUUCUCAGGUGCUGCAAAUCCCACGGAGCGGCUGCUGUUGCGUUUGCCACUUCACUUGGACGGACAAGCAGCGGCAGCGUGCAUUAGCAGUCGAAAAGAUCUUAGAAGAUCUUGUCGUGAGCCUGGAUGAAAUGGAAUCAAACGAAUCUCGCGAACAGUCGCCCACAAACAGCCUGUCAAGUGAAUCGGGGGAAUUGGAAUAUGCGCAGCGGCAGUCUGCUGAAGAGAGUGAAGACACAGAUGACCGAGCCCACCAGAUUUUGCACCGCAUUAAAAAACGUACGUUGCUUCAGAUGCUGAGGAAAAAAUGGCACUUACUGGAAAAGAGCGAGAGAUUAGUUGUAAAUUCCAUUAUCAGGCUCACCUUCAAGACUCACUGGCUCGCUGCACAGUGGUAUCGCUUCCUAGAGUCAGUCUCAUCCCCGCGUCGUAAGCUGCCGCAGCUUGACCGGCUCAUCUGGCAAUUUCGAAAUCUAUAUCCUGGACUCACGCCGGCCCUAGCAUGGGCUAUCUGGGACGUUGCGCAGGCGCUGCUGUCAAUAGGGGAGAGCUCAAAGGUAAAGAAGUCGGCAAACUUCCGACGCCUCGCCGACUACUGCAUCAUCAGCUCAUACAACGAGUCGGUUUUCAUCCUGUCCAUUCUUUUUGGGCCAGAUGGAACAUUUCCCUCUUCUAUUGUGAACAACUAUGCUGCCGCUGUAGAGGAGUGCAUACAGAGGAUUGCAGGAGAAAAAGGUCCAAGCGCACUGAGUGCAUCCGACUCAGGGACGUCGGACAGCAACUUCGUGGCACUACCGCAAGAUAUUUGUCUUCCAAAGAUGUUGCCGUGGUAUAUUAGCCCGUGCGCGGAGGUUGCUGUAGUUACUUCAGUUGGAGUGACUGUGGUUCCAGGCAGCGUCCUCAUAAAAGCUUACGGGAAGACGAGCUAA